AUGCGUUCAGCCCAGUUGGUCGUCCUUGCCAUUGCUGCAGCAACUGCGGCGGCAAACGUCCUCACCGACAGCGUCACAAUUGUCACCGACGCUUCGACAGCACAGCACAUCUCCAUCGGCACCGAGAGUGUCCCCGUUGUCUCGCCAUCCGCAACGCAAUCACCAAGCUUGACGGACUCAGAAUCCCGGACAAAUGUCGAUGCUUUAUCGACAGAGAGCGGCGUCGCCUCUUCCACUGGUGUCACCCGGCCUGCGAGCUUCCCUAAUGCGACGAUUCCCACAAAGUCACAAAACACCACGACGCCCACCAGUCACGUCACUGGUGGUGCCAUCCCACAGCAGAUGCAGAGCUCCAUGGCUGGGCUAAUAGGAUUCUGCAUCAUGGGCUUGAUCAUGCUAUAG